AUGUCAUAUAAAUUAAUUUCGGUCAAAGAUAAAAGCAAAGUCAAAACACUUUCUUUUACAAUAGCUGGAAUUUCUGAAGAGUAGCUCCAGAAGUUUUUCAAAAAGAUCUCUCACAACUUCAAGAUGCUUGAAAAUUUGACUCUCCUCUCGAGAUACGGUCAACUCAAUGAUAGAACAAUCAAAAUAUUUUCAGAAGGUAUGUAUAAGCAUCUAUCCCUCGUUAGUUCAACAUUAUCAACUCUGAUCAUAGACUUUGAAUACAAUGAAUUCAGCAUAGCCACAUCAUUUUUUGAAAGUCUAGAAAAGUUUUAAAAUCUAACAACUUUAAAAUUAAAUUUAAGAGAUAAUUAUUUAGAUGAAAACACUCACUUAUCUUUAGGUAAUUGCUUGGGAAAUUUAAAUCAGCUUUGUACACUUCACUUGAAUAUAAGUCGUACUAAUUUUACUGCGUAAUCAAUUUCUAAUCUUGGAAAGGGAAUAGGAAAAAUUGCAAAUUUGAUAUCUUUAAAGCUUAAUAUGGAAGGACAACUCUUCCUGCCUGAAUAUGCAGAUUCUUUCUUCAUUCAUUUGUUUGAUUUGAAUCAGCUCUCUUAUAUAUAAAUAGACUUAUGGGAUUAAUAAAUGGGUGAUAAAGCUUAUGGAGUGGUUUCUGCUUUAUAUUCAAAAGUAGAGUAUUAAAGAUUAAUAUUCUAACCUUUUUCCUUAACACUUAUGAUAAACAAUAACUAAUUAAAAAAACUAUUAUCAAAGUAUUUGAAAGAGAAUCUAAAAGAAGAAUAUUUGGAUUUUAAGCAAUACUUAAUUUGA